AUGAAGCUACACUUGAUAAAGGUUUUGACAAACGGUUUUCUAAUCAAAGGCAAAGUAGCGUGGAUUAAGGCAGACACUAAGGCCAUCCUCGCUAUCCACAACCGCGUCAUCACCCACAACAACCGCAUGAACGUCAUCCACUCCGACCACAACACCUGGCAGCUCAAGAUCCGGGACGUCCGGCGGAACGACUCCGGCCAGUACAUGUGCCAGAUCAACACCGACCCCAUGAAGAUGCAGGUGGGUCAUCUGAACGUGGUCAUUCCACCGGACAUCACUGCAGAGGACACUUCAGGCGACGUGAUGGUUCCCGAGGGCAGCUCCGUGCGGCUGACGUGCCGUGCCAAAGGCUACCCAGAGCCCCGCGUCGUUUGGCGUCGGGAGGACGCCCGCCCGAUCGUCUUCCGCUCUCCCGGUCAAGCCAAGAACUCAGUGGAGACGUUCGACGGGUCGGAGCUGGUGCUGGACAAGGUGGCGAGGGACGACAUGGGCGCCUACCUCUGCAUCGCCUCCAACGACAUCCCGCCGGCUGUCAGCAAGCGCAUGGUGGUGCAGGUUCACUUCUUCCCUCUGAUCAGGAUCCCGAACCAGCUGGUGGGCGCGCCGCCCGGCACCAACGUCACGCUCGAGUGCGAGGUGGAGGCCAGCCCCAAGUCCAUCAACUUCUGGACGAAGAAACUCGACGACCAAGGGCUGAGCCUCAGUAAUCAGUGGAUGUCACUCAAAAUAACAACAGGACGUGCAGCUCCUCGCACAGAUUCUCUCUUUGCAAAAGUAGCAGGAGCUCCACACUAG